AUGGCUUCCAACGAAAAAGACGAUUUUGAAAACGACUGGACCUUUGUCGACAGAGAAGGCAAAGUUGACAUUGAGGUACGUGCAUUGCAUCACUGUGGUUCGAUAAUUUGUAGUGUCUGCAUAUGCUGUUUUUACAGAGCAUUUCUGAAAAUGUUCGAAGCUUAACGACUCUAUUUUUUCUUAUUAUGGGAAAUCAGUAAAACUGUAGUUAAGCAAUUUACCGCAAACGCGAGAGAAACAACCCGGCGCGGCAAUAUUUAGCUCGCGAAAUGAAACAAGCUAAAUAGAGUUCAUUUGCGUUUUCAUGUGUGCAGUCUUACACAGAAAGUACAUUCAGCCUACUACGUGCAUUUUGUGCACCUAUAUUUUUCCUGCGGCAGCCGCCAAUUCAUGGCUGUUUGUUUACAAAAUGUACCCAGCUUUUUUAAAUUUGCAAUUUAAAACAGAUCGACGCGUACUUUCCCUUUGCAUGCCCGUUCGUUCGCUUGUCAACAAUAGAUCACGUGGUCAGCUGGCUCUUGUCACCUGUGGUUACAUAAGCCACAUGUUCACUUAAAAUAAACACCAGUAUUCAUUGGUGUGUAUUCGUUAUUUUGUAAAUGUUUAAGCCUUUGGGCAGUUAUCUUGCAACAAGACUAUGAUUGGUAUUAAUCAGAGCAGAAAGUUAUUUUCAAUACAUGUCAUAAUACUUUUUGAUACAUGGACUUUGACAUUAGGAUUAAUUAAAGAUAUUUAGUAUUUAGAUGUAGAUUAGUGUUGUUAGUCACUAAGAGAUUUUGGGAUUUCAGUUAUAGUGAAUUGCCAAGGAAAAAAACAGACUACUUUAAAUUCAUUUGUAUCGUCUUACCCCAACGUGUGGCCUAUUUUGUCAUGACAAGGGAGCUGUAUGUUGUCUACUAAUAUUAUUGGACAAAAACCCAUCCAUGGUUUUUUGUGCCAUCUUGGUUGGGGACAAAUACAGCUUUAAUUACAGUUGAAUGUAUGGAGUUUUGGCUGACUUUCAGCCCAUGACACUUCAUUCUAAAAUUUCUUCUAUCUAAAUUAAGAUCUUUAAAAAGGCUUUUUUUGCAAGUUUCUUCUUGUCAAGUAAAGUGAACAAAACCAAACUGUUGUAGCAAAAGAAAAAAGAAACUUAAAACUUCAGAUAGUUGUUCUCUAUAUUGAAAUAUCAAAAUUGAUCGUGAAGUGAGGAGUUGUCAAAUUUGGUUAUUGUUUUCUCCAGUUUCAAUUCUUGCACCAGCACUGUUGCUAAUCAGUCAGUGAUACAAUGAUAUUGGUCUUGCUAAUACUUUACUGCUGAAUAGUGACUUAUCUGGUGGAUGUGUUGUGAUUUGCUUUAAACUUUGGUUUAAAUGGUAAUGUGUGAUUUCGACUUUGAAAUGAAGGAAAAUAAUAUUUAAAACCAAGGAUGAAAUUGAAUCAAAACAUGUAUACCUAAUUCAAUUAAGGUUGCUUUAACAAUAGAUCAUUGGAAAUUGGGCAUUUGGGUGUUUGGAACUCUCUACAAUAAUUUGCUGGAGUGAUUAAAAAUUUGUAAGUGACAGCUAAACCUAAGGUCACUGAAAACUUAAAAAGGUCACAGAAAAAGUCAUGGAAAGUCCUGGAAGUUGAGGAGUGUAUAUGCAUUAUCCAAAAUUUUUUAACCAGUGCUAGUUGAGUGGCAUAGAUUAGAUGCAAAGAAAUCCUCUAAAAUUUUGAAGGUUUGUGGAUCAAAGGUUAAAAAAAGUUUAAAGGCUUGUUUAUUGUGGAAAGUGCACUUAGCUUAUCCAGCUAGGUUACAGGCACUUCUCUCAAAUACUUAGAAAUAGAUAAUUCAAAUGCAACAUAACAGGAUUAAAAACCCCAACUAGCAGGAGGCAACCAGUUGGCUAUGUACAAACUCGGCGAAAGAUUUGAACUUGGGAUGACCAAGAACAAAUCCAGCAAGUGGCCAGAGUGGGACUCGAACCUGGGACUGCCAGAUUGAGAGUCCAAGGCACUGACCGUCUGGCCAUGCUGCUGUCAGGAAAAUUCUAAUAGAAAUACUGUUUUAGUAAUUUUAGCCAUGUUUGCUUUCCCAAAAAAGGUUAUGGAAAAAGAUGUUGAUGGGUCGUAUCUAACAAGCAUUGUUAUUAACUUUCUUGCAGCCACGGAAGAAUUCUGUGUCUUACUCAAAACCACUGCAAGCAAAAGAUGAGAUUCUUGUUUCUCCUACUGAAGUCCCUGAUAAGGAUGACAGUGAGGGGGAGGCAGAAUUUGAGGUGCUAACUGGAUUUCAGUGUCAUCCGCCAUCAAUUGAAGAGCUAGCAAGCACUCAAGAUUUGCAAAGAGUUGAGAGUAAUGAACAGUCAGCUGAAAAUAGUGACAUUUAUGGUGAGAAGUCAGAAGAUCAACGUGUUCCAGUCCAACAGAAUGGCUGCCAGUGUGCUGCUGAUGAUGGCAUCAUGAUCAUCUCUAAUCACUUUUGUAGGAAUGAUGAGACUGACUCCACAAGUAAUGAUGACGAUGUUGAUAUUCCAGUAAACCUUCAAUGUGAACAAGACUGCACUCAAGAAAAUCGGCCAUCUUCUUGUGCCAUUACAGCAACUACUGAUGGUUGGGAAAACCCACCUCAGCUCUCAGAAAGUGGCUCUUACUCAUUUCCCAGUGACUCGAACAGCUCAGAGGAAGACAAUGAUAUUGAGCCUAUUCCAGAAGAGGACAGCAGCCAAGAUUUUGUUGAAUUAGGCCAUGAUGCGGACUCCCUUGAUUCAAUGGUUGACUCUAAGAACAGCUUGUUUUCAUUUGACAGUGACUUGUUUAACCCAAGUGAUUUAGAUGAAGAUGUUUGCAAGGGAGAAGAUGAUACUGCAGACAUUGUAAAGCUUUCUGAGGCUGGUGAGAGUCUUAAAGAGAGUGACCAAAAUGAAGGGGAGAGUACAGAUAUAACUGAGGACCUUCAUGUGACAACAGACAACUGUAGCUAUGUUUCCUUUGAUCUUCCAACAUUGUUUCUUCUUUUGGGCAUAACCACCGCUCUUGGUUUCAGUAUUGGAUACGGUAAGACUUACACAAUAUUUAAAGUAAAUAAUAUUUUUUGGUGAGGUAACAACCAAUUUUACUUGUCUGACCAUGUUUGUGAAAAUGUCAUGUGAAAGUAGUGACUUCUGUCAUUUUAAUUUAAUUUUAAAUGCUUCCUGGCUUAUCGCGGGCAUUUAGUAUAUUAAAGUAAACUGUGUAAACUCAGGGAUUUGAUGUGCAACAAGGCUGGCCAAGAACUUUACACAUUUGACCUUGAAAAUGACUGAUGCACAAGGAAAGCAAGAAACAUUAUUUCAUUCUCAGAUAAUUUAAUCUGUGAUUGCCUGUAAUCAUCAAACAAAAUAAAAAGUUGUCAUAACAAAACUUGGCAGCUCCUUGUUUUGUAACCAUGUGUAUGUGAUAAAACAUUGUUUUUUGUUUAACUUGGCAGGAUUAAGUGUCUACAUUAGUAGCCAAGCCUUGGAGGUGACUGGAAACGUCAAGAGACCUGGACCCAAGACAGCCUCACUUCCCCUUACCUCUGACUCCAUGGAACCUCUGGAUGAAGUAUCACGUGAUUUCUUGGAUCAACUAACAAUGUGGAAAGUUGAAGACCGUCUUGACUCCCAGAGAGACCCAGAACCUGAAAAUGACUUGGGAGACUUAUUUGACACUAAAGCACUGCAUGAGAAACUUCAGCAGAAACACUUUAGACUCACGAGCUUGCACGAAAGUGUGAAACAGCGUUUGCGCAUGAGUAGAGUUAUGUCAUGGUACUGGCGUCUUAAGUAUGAGGAGGAGAAAUCGAAGAAGGAAGGAGGUGGUAAAUGGAACAAGGCUUUGCAAGAACAGCUGGAACACAUGGAACAGCUCUACUUGCAUGAAAAACACACUGCUGAUCUGUGGCGUCGUAUGAAUGAAAAUGCAAAACUGCGCCGUGCAGUGGCAAAUGGCAUCAAGUUUGACAAGUAAGAGCUGAUUCAAGAAGGGUUUUCUGUAAUAAUUAUUUAUUCAACAGUGCAGCAGAAGAGAAAAUGGCUAUAGAUUUUUAUUAACAAAGGAGCCAAAUUAAAUUUGGUGUGAUAAAUUGCCAUGAGCAAGUUUUAUUAUGUACAUUGUAAUGAUGAAGGUUGAAUCACUUUGGGCAUUAUUUGUGCAACAAGUUGUUUAUUUCUGAUAAGCUGCCCGUGCUCAGUUCAGCAACUUAAAACUUUUUUUUUUAUAAAUUUCCUUAAAAUUAUUUUAAUCUUUUGACAGCUUUAUACCUGCACUAUUUAUGAUCUUAGGUAUUACAAUAUUCCAAUAUAAUGCUCAUUUAGGGGUUAAACACUUUUAAGUCCCAAGAGUGACCAGUGUCAAUUGUAUAGAGUUUCGCCUAUCAAGGUUCCACUAUACUAACACUACAAUUUUUGACAUCCCAGAUACUGGAAGGAUUUUCUAAAUCGAUGGAAAAAAUCUGAAGACAGAGGUCCUGUAAAUGAGAGUCAAAAAUUGACACACCCUUCGGAGGUUGACAAAAACCCGGAAGAGGAGUUAUCGGCGAUAAAAGCUAAAGAACUGGAGCAAAAUGAACGCAGCAGUUCACGCGUGCAUGACAAUAUGUGGAGAGAAUUUAGAGACCGCUGGACAAAGGACUUGCGGUUAAAGGGACGCAAAAAAGAAAUUUCUUCAGUGAGUACUAAGUGUGCUUCUGAUGACCCUGAAGAAAAGAACUAUCUGUUACGGUUGUCUGGCAAAGGUUCUGUGACAAAAGUAUCACAGGAAACAAAGAUCUCUCCUUGGUAUACUCCGAUAUUUAUGGAAGGCCUAGUUAAGAGGUCAGUGGAAGAUGCGAGUAAGAAUCAUGAUCACGAAGACGACAAAGUGGUAACGCCACUCAUCAAACAUAACGUAGAAAACCAGGAUAACGGUGAGGAAAAAGCGAAAGAGUUCACAAAGGGUCCUCAGUUUGAUAACCCGCUGUUUCCUCGUGAAUCUGUGUCUUGGUUUCACGAUAAAACUCCGCGUUCUUUGAAAGCAGAUUCUGCAGAACAAUUGAGAAUGCCUGCAGAUAGACUACCCCUGACGGAAACUUACGUUCAAGGCUUUUGGUGUCCAAAAAGGGCAGGGGAAGCUGAAAAGGUGUCAAGAUACGUUUUGGGAAACGCGAUCAGCAGUUUAAAGAAAGUAAAAACUGAGAAGCGUCGUGUGUCUGACCGUGGCAGGAUUAAUGGCGAAAAAGACACUGCCGCUCAGAGCUUUGGAGCUUUGAAAGCAACCAAGGUUUAUCGGAAAGAUGAGGCAAAUGUGCAGCUACAGCGGUUGCUCACAGAACAAAAAAAAAUGCUCCGAAAUUUAUCUAAAGAUCGAGGAGAAGAGAUACGCAAGCACAGGAUCCAACGACGCGAGCUAAAGAAAAAAGAAAAAAAAGCAAAGCUGCGUGUCGAAGAAGCAGAUCGCUACUUGUUGAAGUUAAAACAAGAAAGGCGUGGUUUAGAGAUCGAGAAGAAGAAAUUACGACGCUCCUGGAAAGCGCUCGCGCGCAGUAAAAAGAAGUUAUCUGUGGAAAGAGAAAUUCACGAGAAAGACAAACAAGGACUUGAGAAAUUCAUUGCGGCCCUGAAGCAGGAAAAGCAAAAACUAAAGAAGCUGAAAACGAGGUUGAAAAAGAUGAAAGAGUUGUUAGCGAAACAGUCCGAAUUGUUGAAGUUAAAAAAGAAAACUUUAGAUGCGAAUAAGAAGAAAGAAGUAGAAAGGUUAAGGAGUGAGAUCACCCAAGAGAAAGACAAAUUACGAAAACAACAAAAAGUGUUAAAAUCUUUAAAGAAAGCUGUCAAGGAGAAGUAUAAGAAAUGGUCGAGGGAAUUACGUCAAAUGAAAACUGAGAAAGAGAAGCAGAGAAGGAAGAGAGAACAAGCUAAAAAGAGAAAAAAGGCAAAGAAGAAAGGGGAGAGAGCAGAAACAGAGCAACAACAAAAGCAAGAAUAUGAGUCUGUUGUUCGGGAGCAAGCGAAGUAUGAUAAAGAAAAACGAAGGAGAAAAGGAGAAGCAAGCGAAACUGAAAAUGAAAAGAUGACAAAGGAAAACUGGAAGAAAAGUGAUGAUCACACGAGCGGAAAAGAAGGCGAACAGAGUAGAGGCUCCCAGGCAAAGACGGAAGGCUGUCAUCGUGAAGCCUUUUUUAGGCAGCAGUUGGAAAAAGUCAAAGAAUGGCUGUCUAGAGUUCGAGAGAAAACGCUAGAAAGGCAGCAAAAGACAUUCUCACAAAUGGAAAAUCUUAAACAGUGGUUGUCCGGGGUUCACAAAAAGACGUUUAAAAAAGCUGAAGAGUUCCACUGGAGAACUUUGUUUAUGCCAUCAAUAUUCGGUGCUAAUCGCGGAGCGGAAACGCCUACGCGGAAUGCGGGUGAACAGGAUAAAUUUCAAGGAAAGGAGUUACAGAACGAUAAAACAUCAGAGGACAACGAAGAAAAUUCUAGAAGUAACGUUGAAGCUAGGCAGGAUCAUCCCCGCAAACUUAGCUACUGGGAAGCUGGAAAGAAAGAACUGCAAAAGCUGAUGUUUGGAAUAGAGCAACGCGAAUUUGAACGGAAAGAAAACGAGAAAAGGGAGGUGACUGUUAGAAAUUCGGAGUUGGCGAGAGUUUCGGAGGACAGGGCUUUAGCAGGUUUCUUGAACUUAACGUUAGAUAUCGAUCUUGUUAAAACAUUGCUGAAAGGACUGGAACGCAAAGAUAAAACAACAAGUGAUAACGUUAGAGCGGCAGAUAGCAGGUCGUUUAUAAUAAUCUCGAAAGAAUCGGAUGAUAUCCGCUCUAGCGGAGACUCCUCUGAUGUUCUGAAGAAAAAAAUGAUGGGCAAAAACCUGAAAUGCGCUAAAGGUCAUCCUUGGAUGCUUCAAGGACCUACCGAGACCGGGCUUAGCCAAGAGCAAGACAAAGAUUGGACCCGAAAGGAAACGCCCGAGGGCCCAAUACCACCCGAAGGCAUCCGAUUGUCUUCAAAAGAAUGGUACGAAAAACGGCACAAGGUGAAAACUAGAAGACAGGAGGAAGUAGGCGCUCAAGGUCCUGUCUUGUCGGACGUGAGAUCGGGUGAUGCGAGAGAUCGUCACAGGGGUUAUGCUCAAGACAAAGUUUGUAUUUCCGAUGAUACAGAAAAAGAGGAGUCUAUUCCACCUCCUGAUUGGGUGUUUCAACGUGCUCGGGAACGCGCCAAGGAACGUGCCGAUCAGUGGUCUGUUCCGUGGUACGAUUUGCGGGCUCAAAAUCGUAACUCUCAGCGAAGCAAGGAUGAACACAAUACCCAGUUUCCGUGCGGUCACCACUGGGAGCCUCAAGAUGAGCCCGCGUCUUUCUCAUGGUAUGAUCAGCGGGCACAAGAGCGAUGUUAUCAACGCAACACUGAUACACAUGACACCCAGUUCCUGACUGAUAGGAAAUUUAAACAUCGUAAUGAACAGCGGUCUGUCCCAUGGUAUGAUCGGCGGGCUCAAGAGCGAGACCAGCAACGUUCCUCUGAUAAACAUGAAACUCAGUUUCCCUGUGGUCAGAAACAAAAGCGCGGCCAGAACUGGUUUUUCGAACGAGCCAGUGAUCGUGCUCAUCAGCGGUCAAAUUAUGUCCCGUGGUAUUUUCGCAGAGCAGACGGGCGGCAGUCGCAGCGCCGAGAGGAACUGGAUCCAUGGUUAGUAGGAUCUGGACACUACAGGGAUCAUUUCCGUGAUUGGAUGCCACAAGGACCUUCCAUGGAUGAGCACUGCUGACAUUUAUAGGAUUGCUUUUAGUAAUUAAUGCAAGGUGGUGAGUUCAAUGUUGAAUGAGGUUUCGCAUAAUAGUGGUAAAUUGCGCAGACUGGGCUGACUGUUGCGUUAGCGCGUUAGAUUGAAUGCAAUCAACUCCGGAUACCGUUGAGACCUGCACCUAGAGAUUUCGGCUGAGUUGGAUGUGACGUAUGAACAUGCAUAUGAAAAUUUCUAAGUGAGAAUUAUAAAUCCGUUAGAGUUCAGGGGCCCGUUUCUCGAAAGUCCCGGUAACUUUACGGGCCCGAAAUCAAAUAUUCAAAUCGAAAUAUAAAGAAUAAGAGCGCGGGUCCUGGCUAGCAAACAACUCCAUUUGUUUCAUUACUGAUAGUUUUAUCAUGUUAGAUGCAAAACUAUUGAAACCUCGAUCUUUAAUGUAAACGGAGACAGCUUACCGGGCCCGUUAAUUAUCGGGACUUUCGCGAAACGGGCUCCAGUUUCUUUAUUUGUUAGCACAUCUAACAUUUAUCUUUUAAUAGUUUUCAAUUCGAAAUCAUAGGACUCUUGGUUUUGUGAUAGCACUUCUGAAAACUUUUUCGUCAAAGUGAAAACCAGCAAAUAGAGUCGAACAAACGUUAGUGACCAACUCUACGGUGUAGGUGUUUGUUUUUGAAAGGUGUCCGUCUUAUAGAGGUGUCCAUUAGCCCUUCAAGUCUCCGUACUGGCCAGCAACAUGUUUCUCCUAACAACAUCAAUAUGGAGCGUUUCACUCACGUGGCCAGCAUCUAUGCUAAUUUAUUGGACCAAAAGAAAGCAUUUACAUGACAAAAGAGUUCAACCCCCAGAGGAUUUUCUUGGGACACCAACAUGGCCUCCGUUUCAUUGUUUUGGAACACCAAUAUGGCCGUCGUGACGUCAUGUGAAAACGCUCUAUAGCAUCAAGAACACAAGGUUAUGAGAAUUAAGAAAAUGAUCUUUUUUUAACCAGUUUUAUAAGCCAAAAAACAUUAUGGAGGUCAGUCUGGAAAUGUGUCUGUGGAUAUAGGCGCUUGAAGGGUUAAAAGAGAGUUGACUGUAGUUGCACUUGGAAAAUGAGGACGAAAGUGAUCACUUGAAGUUAAGAACUCUCCUUAUUUAACAGUUAAUGAAUGAGGCUGAGUAUCUUAUGAAGAAAGGCGGAUAACACCCUCCGAGAUCUCCAUAAUUCUUCAUAUGAUAUGAAAGCCGAAUUCAAUAACUGUUCUGUUAUUCAUUAAAAAUAAUUCCUAGUUUAAAAACACAGCUAAAACAUGCUUACCUCCAUCGAUCCGUCGAUGUUCAGUUCUUCUUCGAUAGUGUACGUUUAGGUUUUUCCAGCUCCGCAAAUAUUCUCCAAAUAGCAGAUGUCGCCCUUCGAGUUGUCUUCUUGCUGUUCUUGCCAUGUUUUAGCUAUUUUUUCGCUUAGUUCUUACUCUUGAAACGAGUGAAAUGUCCGUCAUUUUUUCAAGUUCACAACCAAAACAACUCAACCUCGUCGCCAGGUCUUCUCGGUUAACGGUUCCUUAGCCUGCGAAAACGCUGCAUUUUUGACGUCAUUUCCUCGUUAAAGUCAAAUUUCUUCCAAAUUUCGUCAUCAGCAACUGGUUAUGGUGAAUUAAACGUGUGGUUUUAGCCAAUCAGAAUCGGGGAAAUAUUUUGAAUGAAUAAUAACAAUGUUUUAUGAACGUUUUGCUGAGAAACGCCGUUUGAAGCUUGUCGAGUGGUUUUCUGGUCACUGUCGUGCUGAAACUUACCACAAUGCCGUUUGCAGGUCGUACACUUCGCGGCCUUCUGAUCCAGUUGCAAAAUAUUAGCUUGUGAAGUUCGGGCAUGCGCAGAAAGCAAAAUUUAGAGUUCUGGGGUUUAAAAGUGACACAGCAAUCGUGACUUUUACUUUUCGCUUUCUCUCCUCCUCUCUUUUUUCGAUUUUCUUGCCUCACUUUGUUUCUUUUGCUGGGCAUUUAGUAGGCUUUAUUUUGGUGGGAAAAGUUUUUAGGAAAGCUUUUAGGAUCUUAGGAUUAGGUGAAAGAAAAGGGUAGGUGGGCAGUGGAACAAGAUUUUCAUGGCAAUAUUCGGGUCAAUGUCUCAUGGUUUUUUUGCCUUUUUCUCCGGUGUCCUUGACCGAAUUGUGCUCAUUCUGGUAUGGUUUGAAAGAUCUCUUCACUCUGCACGCAGUAGCGGACAAAGUCGCCCUUGUCCAUCGCCUGAUGACGUCACAAGCGGUAGAAGGGACGUGGAUCCGCACGGGCGGCUCAGGGGCGAAUGGGUUAAGUUGGACUAUUUUUCUCUGGUAUCUCCUAGUGGGAUAUCUUGUAGGAGAGUUGCGGGGUUGUCUCACCUCACCUUUUUCCCUUUAUGGUAGUGUGCACUCAGAUCGUGCCACCUUUAAUUUUGUUGAUCAUCCAGUCACUGUAAAUAUCCUUUUUUCAGAAUGUACUGCAAACGGUGUGCGAAGGCGGAUGAUUCGUGUCAGUUUCUGGUUUCCGCUUUACUUAUGUUCUGUUCAGGAAAAGUUAAAAUGUACGCUAGAGUACACUUCAGCAUGGAUUCUUCUUUCUUAUGGACGCUCGUCUAGUUUCAGCUUACUAUGAAUUGCAACAUUUUGUACUGGAUUACGGAAAUGAUCAUUUUUCUACCUAUAUCAGGUUUUUUUUGUUUUGCUAUAGUUUUUUGUUACAUGGUGACUUUAUUCAGUUCUGUAUGGUUAGAGGCUCGACUAUCCAAUCAAAAACUGAAAAAUCGAGAUAGAACUGUCCCAAGCUCGGUGUCGAGUGACGUAAGAGACUCUCUAGGGUUCACUAUUUCGCGCGGUCACGUAGUCUGAGCGAGUUUGUGUCGCCCAGCCGUUCGUCUCGGAUACUUCUCCAAAACGUCCUGGUAAGAUGUCGUACAGGGACACUGCGAGAGGCUCCUCAGUAUUCUUGCAAAGUAGGCUAAAAAUAUGAAAGUAUAUUCACAGAAGCACAAAAUUUCGUUUGAACGACGCAAAAACGUAUCUUCAUUCUUCAAGCUUUGAGCGAACUAGUAUAAUCAACGGCGUUCGCGCUGUUGGAACUUGAGAAGACUCGAAAUCGGUCCCUGGUCUUUUUUGUUUUUUCGUAAAUCAAGUUUAAGUUCGCUUCUUUACUCACUCGUCAGUUUCUGUUUCUGUUGAAUUAGGUCACUUAUUAGGAGAGGUCAACGAGUUAUUUAAAGGAUAACCCGUUGAGUACUGACGAACUUCUCAAUUAAGUUUACCUACCCGUCAAUUUUUCUUUUUCUGUACUUAAUAAGCCGAAUUACGAAUGAUAGUCGUAAGCAAAAAUCGUACCGUCUAAAUCGGCCUUAAGUCUGUUACUUAGUACGCCUAUGUCCACACUAUACCGGAUACGCUAUAGCCCGGUUUCGCAUAAACACCUAUCAAUUGUGUGACUCUCGUAUUUAGAGAUCGGCGCGGCGCGGCGCUGCUUCGCUUUGUUUUAGGAAUCGCGCCGAAAUCACCGUUCUUAUGUGUGAACAGAAGCUCUAUCCGGUAUAGUGUGAAUCGAACAUAGCCUAAGACUGAUGUUAAAGACUUUGUGGAAAACAUCAGGAUUGGAGUAUUCAGAUAAGGUCUAAAUCUUGCUUUUUACCCGAGUGAGAAGAACUCCUCUGCGCAGUCUGCCUCGUUCCAAGACGUCUCUCGCGCGUGCGCAAAGGAAGGCGGGAAGGAGACAACGGGAGAGACUGUCUGCCGUCUGUACCCUUCCCAUGGUCCCUUGCGGCUCAUCGCCAGUCGCUCGCCUCUACCUUGCGAAAAACGAAGCGCCUGAGGAGGAGGCUGUCUGCGCAAUACUGUACAGUACAACCUUGAUAUAAGGAACCUCUAUUUAACGGGCAAUAUAACAAAGUCCUUGGUAUAACGAUGUUCUUCUCCUCAGUAAUAGUAAACACGAGGAUAAGGACGA